ACAGACCACUCCUUUAAGGUUUCUGUUUUAACUCCAGUUCUUACAUUCCUUCAAAACAUUUCUGACAGUUUAAUAAAGCCAGGGAAAUUUGUUUUUACUAUAAGUAAACAGUUCCACCCACUUUUCCAAAAGUUGUCAACAUGUUUGUGCAAUUUAGACCAUGCUCUCUCUAUUGUGGUUUAACGUAUGGCCAAAGAUCACGUCAAAAAUAGCAUCUGCAACAUUUGGAAGAGUGUCAGAAACUGAUGAAGAGUGAAGAUUUCCUUCAGUUCAACCACUUUUCCCAAAGUUGCCAACGUGUUUGUCCAAUUUAGACCAUGCUCUCUCUAUUUUUGCUAAAACUUGACCAAAAAGCAUGAUAGAUUGCUCAAAUAGAUUGGCAACUUUGUAAAAGUGUCUGGCCCAGUUGAAGACUGAAGAUUUCCUUCCAGUUCCACGUACUUUUCAAAAGUUGCCAACGUGUUUGUUCAAUUUAGACCACACUUUCUCUGCUUCAGUUAGAAACAUGAACAGAGACAACUUCACAAACAUUCCGUGCUCUGCCUUUGAUGAGGUCAUCUUUAAAGUCUUUAGGAAGAUGAUCUCAUCAAAACAUUCCAUCCUUGUGUUUUUCAUAGAGGCAGAUCUGGACCCCAGUUGCCAUCCCAGUCUAACCAGUGGCCCUGGGGUUACUGUCCUAAUGGUAUCAGUGUGUCCUUUAAAAGCGUGUUUAUGACAGCAUGAUGGAGAAAAGCGGUUAAAGAGGCCUCCUGGUUAGAAUGGUAGGAAGGUGAUUGUGGUGUAUUCACUUGUAAAGCUCAGCUUUAUCAAACACAGUUCAAAAGAAGAAGAGGGAAACAGAGGUGGGCGGGGCUAAGCAGAGCAUCUCUACUUGUUAUGUGAGCCCCCUGGUGGCCAAACGUACAAACUCUGUGAUGUCUGCCCACAUUUCUCUGUUUCUACCUCCUCUGUGUGUCUAAAGUUUGAUGUUCCCUCAGCAGCAGAUAAAGCUGAUCAGUGCUGAUAAUCCACUUAUUGAUUAUGUGAUUGUGUUCUCUACAGUCGUAUUGAUCCUCUUUCUUCUCCUGUCCGUUCAUCAUGUCUCUGUCUCUAAAGGUCGUGACCCGUGCCUGGUUAACCCGUGUCAUAAUAACGGCUCCUGUGUCUACAUGGGGACGUCCUACCAGUGUUUCUGUCCUGCUGGGUUUGGAGGGAAAUACUGUGAGAGGGCCGUGGAGGACCUACUGAAGUGCGUCUAUCAGAACGGAGGCUGUGAGCAUUUCUGUGACGGAUCAGGAGAGCAUCACAAAUGUUUGUGUGCCAGCGGGUACAGACUGGGAGCAGACGGACGCCAGUGUGUGGCUGAGGUGGAGUUUCCCUGUGGUCGUCGCGCUCCACAGGAAGCAGACCUGAACCAGGAUGUACGGGUUCAGACCAGGCUGGUGGGGACAAACCACUGCCCCAGAGGAGAGUGUCCCUGGCAGGUUCUGCUACAGUUAAAUGGAAACAGUCACUGUGGAGGCGUUCUGAUCAACCCAGACUGGGUCAUCACUGCUGCUCACUGUAUCCAUGGCAACAACCCCCAAAACUUCACUGUGGUGGCAGGGGAACAUAACUUAGAUGUGGAGGAGGGCACAGAGCAGAGGAUACCUGUUUCCAUGGCGAUCGCCCAUGAUGGUUACGUCCAUGAAACGGCUGACAGCGAUAUUGCCCUGCUGCGCCUGAGUCAACCCGUCACCCUGAACCGCCACGUUGUUCCCAUCUGCCUCCCCACCAAACACCUGGCGCAGGGCGAGCUCCUGGCAACCCGUUACCAUGACGUAUCAGGGUGGGGCUCAAGGAUCAACGGGGGGAACGAGGAGGACUCAGCCAACACCGCCCCAGUCUCGCCCUUGCUCCGUAAAUUCACUGUCCCCAUGAUCCCCACCUCCAGGUGCUCGCCAAGCUCCGCCCAGUUCAACUUCAGCAGUAACCUGCUGUGUGCCGGGUACAUGGAGAUCGACCACCAAAGUUGUCGUGGAGAUGAUGGGAGCCCACUGGUCACACUCUACGGCUCCACCCGCUUCCUGACUGGCGUGGUAGCAUGGGGGCGGGGCUGCACGCCAAAGGGGAUCUAUGGGGUCUACACCAACAUGGCCAACUAUGUGGACUGGGUGGAGGAUGUCAUGAAGAACCCGCCCUCUGUGGUGUCAGCCAAUGAGAAACCAGCAGAGAGAGUGGCGUCUUUAGACCUGCUGGAACAGAAACACGUGUAAACAAUUUUGUUUUAGGAGUCAAACCAAGACUGUCGUUGUUAGUUUAGAAAGGGGUUUGGUUUCAGCCUCUCUUUAAGGUUUCAGACUAAAUGUAAAGUCCUCCAGGAUUAGGAAUCUGGACUAAUGUCUGUAAUUAAUGUAACAGUGACAUACUGGAAAUA